AUGUCAGUGGACAACGUUGAAGGAUCCAGAUCAAAAGGAAAAUGGACGGAAGCAAUCUCAGUGGACGAUAUUCCUAAAAAAAUCAUACCACACAAAAGACAAAGAUAUGAGCAAGUUUUUCCUGAAGACAUUGAGCACGAAAUCCUGCGGAGGUUGCCCGCCAGAUCUCUUAUCAAGUUCACUGGGGUGUGCAAGUCAUGGAGGUGUCUAAUCCGAAGCCGUAAAUUCAUUCACGCCCACCUAUACCGUUCAAUCAUCCAACCAAACGGCCAGAACGACGGUGGUCAGCUCCUCAUACAUUGUUCGGCCAAGAGGGAUGGCACUCCGAAUUCAACUAGUGAGUAUUUCAACCUUACGAAACUAUUAUUUGUAGCUUAUGUUGAAGUUAAUAGACCUAGUACUAGCACUGCUACUCUCCCCCAACCCCAAGGUGAUAAUAAAACGAUGGAUUCAGAUGUAAAACGUCGGUGUUGUGAGUUGGUCGGAAUUUGCAACGGGCUGGUGUGCCUCCUUAUUGACAAAACCAGAAUAUUACUUUGGAACCCUUGGAUUAGAAAGUUUGUGAUUUUACCUCCGCCCAGUGUUACCUUAAAAAGUAACAAGGACUCUUAA